CUUCCAAUAAGGAACACUUAAAUUAUUUUCCAGGACGCGUGGGAACCCCGUUUUUAGUAAAAGUAUGCAAUUUAAAUGUCGUGUUUUCACUUUCAAACGACAUGGCGUAAAUACUCUUAUUUCCAAUUAUUUCUGAAAUCCCCGAACGCAGCACUGUUAGCGCUGCUAUGUUUUGUGUUAGCAUUUAGCUCGCAAUGCUAACUUUUUGAGUGCUAGCCUACGUGAGGACAAACUAGCUGAAAACAUUUAGCCUCACUUCAUUAUUAACGGAGGUUCAACCGGUCGCUAAAUGUGCAAAUGGACGUCGACGAGUGCGUUUUAUCGGCAGCCCGGGCCGUGUUGGAGCUGGCGGAGCGGGAGUGGCAGCCUCUGUCCGAGGCCGAGCUGGAGCAGCGCUUGGACCAGACCGUGGAACAGAUACUCGAGGCGGAACUCAUAAACAAAGUCAAAAGUUUGCAUCAGUCAGAGGUUUAUGUGACAGGAAAGCCGAAUGAAGCUGAAGUGCAGCUUUUACAGGCGGCUCAUACUACUGCCGAUGCCCGGGAGAGAGUGGAGGCAGAGCGGCCACAGCAGUGCGAUGUCGCCGUGGAGGAGACCACCGCAGUCAAGUACAUCACAGCUGUCCUUCAGGGCUCCAAAUCCAAGUUCCCACUGACGGGCCGGGCCCGCUUGUCCUUGUCCCAAACGGUCCCGCUGUGCCUCGCCCUCAUGUCGGAGCGCGUCAGCUACCGCGCCUUGUCCCGCCACUUCGGCCUGGAGAAAGGGAACAUCCACCGCAUCUUCUUUCACUUCUGCCGGCGCAUCAACUCGCUGCAGGAGAAGCACAUCCCCUGGCCGGCGGGAAGCGAGGUGGAAGAUGUCCUCUUCCCGCUCUUUGAAGGGGCCGACGAGGAGCGGGCCCAAGGUUCUUGUGUUCCCCGAGUGUUGGGAGUUUUGGGACACACCCGGAUUCCCGUCAGGCUGCCGGCAGGGAAACACGCUGUGCCGCAGGCCAAGAGGAUGAAGAAGGAGGACCACGGCGACUCUUGGCUCCGCUUGGAGCUGGUGUGUGACCGUGCGGGACGCUUCCUCCACUGCAGCGUCAGCGAAGACCAGGACACGGACGGCGGCGUCACUCUGAGCCACAAACUCCAGCGGAACCCCGUGACUCCCGGCUCGGUGCUGCUGGCCCGGGUCGGCUACCCGCUCACCGCUCACAUUUUAACGCCGUACGCCGCGGGAAGUCUCGGGCGGAGAGAGAAGCUGCUCAAUGCCACGCUGGAACCACAUCUGCGCAUCCUGGAUCAAGCCGUGGCCGACCUUAAGGCCAGGUUCCAGAGACUCCAGUGCCUGGACAUCGGGAACUGCAGCCGAGCGCCAGCCGUGGUCUUGACCGCCUGCGUGCUCCACAACCUCCUGUUGGACAUCGGCGACGUCGUCCGAGGACGAGUUGGAGGGGAGGACGUUUGGAGCGAGGAGGGCGAGGGAGAGGAGGAAGGUGUACGCCAACGAGACGCCAUUGCAGAAAUGUUAUGUUCUCAAAGCUCCUGGGAGUAAACGUCUAUUUGUGUGAUCAUCUUUUUUACAGUGCAAUAAUUUUUAAACCAAAUUACUGUGAAUUAAAAAUCGAUUCCACCGUUAUUUGUACAGUAACAUCAUGGCGACUGAGCUGCGACUGAGCUUAGUCACAUAAAAUUUACAGUGGUUUUUUUGCACAUGUUCCUGUCAAUUUUAAAAUUGUUUUCACUAUUUUACGGUAAAAUUCUGGCGACUUAGCUGACAUUCAUUUGACCAUAAAAUCGAGAAGUCUUUCUUUUUACAGUGCAGUACUGUACAUAGUAUUUCACACCCAAUUACUGUUUGAUACCAAUAUUAUUGUUACAGUAACGUUAUGGCAACUGAGUUAGUAUUUUCCUGCAAAAUAUGACUUUUUUCAGUUUUUACUGUGAAACAAAAGUCAUCAGAAUUUUAACCUAAAAUAAAAUUGUCUGUUUCUUACACUGAAUUACUGUAAAUUGAAAGUCUAUACCGCUGUUAUUUUUACAGUAACAUUAUGGGGACUGAACUGCUAGUAUGUUAAUAUCACUUCUGACUUUUUUUGUGUAUUACGGUAAAAAAAAGUAGAUUUUACUGUAGGACUCCGGCAGCUCAGUUGCCGGAAUUUUACUAUAAAAUUAUAGUGGUUCUUACAGUGAAUUACUGUAAAUUAAAAAUUGAUACCAUUUUUACAGUAACAUUAUGGCCACUGAAAUGUUAGUAUUUCACCGUAAAAUCAGCCUUUUUUUGUUUUACAUGUUUUCACACAAGUUACUGUAAAU